ACAAGCCAGACUCUAUUCUGCACAAUAAUUGAUCAGACACAGAGAGAGAUCGAUGGAGAACUUCCCAGUUAUCAGCUUGGAGAAGCUCAAUGGUGACGAGAGAGAAGCAACAAUGGUGAAAAUCAGAGAUGCCUGCGAGAACUGGGGAUUCUUCGAGGUGGUGAAUCAUGGGAUACCCCACGAGUUAAUGGACACAGUGGAGAGACUCACCAAAGAGCAUUACAAGCAAUGCAUGGAACGGAGGUUCAAGGAGUUCGUCACUGGCAAAACCCAAGCGAACGUCGACGACGACUCAGUUCAAAUAAGCGAUGAGAUGAAAGACAUGGACUGGGAAAGCACCUUCUCCUUGCGUCAUCUUCCAGAGUCCAACAUUUCCGACUUGGCCGAUCUCUCCGACGAGUACAGGAAGGUGAUGAAGGAGUUUGCUUCCAAGCUAGAGAUAGUAGCAGAGAAGCUUCUGGGUCUGUUGUGUGAGAAUCUUGGGUUAGAGAAAGGCUACUUGAAGAAGGUAUUCGAUGGGUCAUCUAGAGGACCAAAUUUUGGGACCAAGGUGGCCAACUAUCCGCCAUGUCCCAACCCAGAGAAGGUGAAGGGGCUUCGUGAGCAUACAGACGCGGGUGGGAUCAUCCUUCUUUUCCAAGAUGAUAAGGUCAGUGGCCUACAGAUUCUUAAAGAUGGUCACUGGGUUGAUGUGCCUCCAUUGCCCCACGCUUUAGUUAUCAACAUCGGUGACCAGCUUGAGGUCAUAACGAAUGGGAAGUACAAGAGCGUGGAGCACCGAGUGAUUGCGCAAAAGAAUGGGACGAGAAUGUCAGUAGCAUCAUUCUACAAUCCAGCAAGUGACGCUUUGAUCUACCCAGCCCCACAACUAGUUGCAGCAGAGAAGCACAAGAACCGCCAGCUUUACCCUCAAUUUGUGUUUCAAGACUACAUGCAGCUCUAUGCCAAGCUCAAGUUCGAAGCUAAAGAACCCAGAUUUGAAGCUUUCAAAGCAUCUUCUCUCAAUCAGCUGGGUCCAAUCCCAACUGCUUGAUUAUAAUUAAAUUAAUCUGUGUUUUAUAAUCUCAGGCUUGUCAAUAAAAAUCAAUAAGCUUGUAGAAUGGGUGUGAGUGUGAAUAAUUUGGUCUAAAGGAAGUGGGUGAUCAUCAUGAGGAUAUGAGACGUGGUAUUGUAUCAAUAAUCAGUACACAGCCAAUUAAUAAUAAUUGAUGUGAGUCAGAUCAUACUAA